AAAAAAACUUUUUAGUAACAGCUGACAUACGUAUCAUUUUGUUUUUUUGUUGGAACACGGGACGGGGGACCAGCAAGGUCGGCCUGAUACUGUGCUGUACUAACUACUAAGUGUCUAUCGAAUCCGUUUCAUGGAUAAAAUUCAUAAAUCAUUUUGCCGCGCCUUAGUUACCGUCGUAUUCGUCAGUACGGCUGUAGCAAUUUCGCAGGAAAGUGGUGAUGUUGAGAUAACAGAAGAUCUUUUCUAUCAGCCUGGCAACUUUUUUGACGCAAAUGCCGAAGCAGGAACCGGCGCUAAAUUGUGGCCAGAUCGCACAGCAAUUCCUUACUCCAUAAGCAGUGACUUCGGAAAAUCACAUCAAGAUUUGAUUUUGAAAGCUCUUCGGAUUAUGGAGAAAAAGACGAAUGACUGUAUCUCAUUCAAAGCCAGAACGACUGAGUUUGACUACAUCUACUUCCGGCCAAGUUAUUUUGGCGAUUGCGCGUCGGCACUUGGACAGCAGGGCUCGUACCAGACCAUCCACCUAGCAGUACCCGGCUUAUUCUCAUCCGCAUCGUGUAUGUACAUUGGAAGGAUACAGCACGAAGUGAUGCAUGCGCUCGGUUUCGAUCACGAACAGAAACGCCCGGAUCGAGACCAAUACAUUGACGUAAACAGCGCAAACAUUGGUUACGAUGAAUACAGACGAGACUUCGCUAUCAAUAAAACAAUGUACACUUUCGGAACCAAGUACGACUACCAUUCUAUCCUGCACUACUAUGCGUUUCAAGCGUCCGAGAACAUAACCCGUCCGAGCAUGGUACCCAAGAAAGGGCUGAUUGUUCGCAUGGGCCAAGCUGUGCGCAUGAGCCCGACGGAUGUCGCAAAAAUCAUGAUUGCCUACAAGUGCCCUUUUACUGUUGCCCCCGCAAUUAAAAAAACGGCUUCCGGUGAUGAUUUUCCAAAUUUUUCCCUGGAACCAAUGACUGCCGAUGAAUGUGGUGCGCAGUUCAAUCGUUAUUGCCAAUCAGACCUGACCACCAAAGACAACUGCACAGACCGUCGGGACUACCGUAUUGUCUGCCGGUCCAACGCAUCAGUUGCCGUUUUGGAGCGGAUGACUAUGGAUAUGGCGGAACCGCCGCUGCGACUGGCGUCCAUCAGUGUAGAGGAGGAACUAAUCGCUAAAUAUUCAUUCACACCCAUCCAACGCCACGUCCUGAAACUCCAGUUAUGGAAUUGCACCACAGAUCGUGUGACCUCUCGGUUGCUGAAACUCAAUUUCACGAACCUGCUGCAUUUGGAAGUUUCCAGCUGUUACAACUUGGUUGUGGAAAAGGCGGACUUCACAAUUUCUCAACAGCUGCGAAUGAUUCUGCUCUACAAUAGUACCAUUAAAUCUUUGCAACAUGGUGCCUUUACGGACCUGCCGCAACUUCAAAUACUUUCCCUGGAAGCUUUUAGUGAUGACCAGAAGAACUACAAAUUUGAGUCAGGAUAUCGAAAUUACCUUCGUAAUCUUCAUUGCGGCUGUGAGUUUGCAUGGUAUCGAUCGUGGUGGCGCGCCAAUCGAAAAUUCAGAAUAAAAGUGGAAGUCGGGGAGCUGUACUCGUUCGAAGGACCUAUAUCUGGAACAUUUUUCAGCAGUGACGAAUUAAACAGAGAAGAUCUGUAUCAUCCGAUCAACUGUACCGCUGAUCCGUUUCCGCUUAGUACAGAAUGGAUUACUUACUACACGCAAACUGAUUAUUCGGUUAACGAGCCGAUUUGUAAUGCAUCGUUACAUUCUGUCAUGCGACCAGCUACUGUGGACGCUGCUAUGUCCACUACAAAGCUGCCAUUACAGAGACAUAUUCCGGUGAAUUUUACCAGCGGAAUUCGUUUUGUAACGCCUUCAUCGCGAGCAGCAAAGGAUGAUGCCACUGAGAAUUCAACCAGCACAAAAAAUGAAAUUACAUAUAUUGACCAGCGAGACGCCGGUAGCGUUGAAAAGUGAUGGGCAGGAUGGAAUCGGUGAAUUGGCACGUAUGGCGUCCAGAAUGCAGGAUGCAUGUUAGCUUAUUUACAAAGCUAUAAAAUAAAAAAUUGAGCACAUAUUGUGCAGAGAGUUUGCGAAAUGGUUUUUUUUCUUCAGUUAUUGUUGUUAAUCAGUUGUUGCUGUUGACAACUUGUUACUGAAUGACUUUGGUCGGUGAACUGAGACAUGCA